AUGAAAUUAUCAACUGCUAAACUCGUUGCUAUCGCUUACUAUAUGUUAUCUAUUGGGGCCACUAUCCCACUGGUAGAUGACCAGCAAGUUGAGGAAGGUCUCAUCCAAAAGAGAACUUAUGGUUAUUAUCAAGAACCAUGUGAUGACUACUAUCCACCUCAACAACAACAAGAAGAACCUUGUGACUAUCCACAACAACAACCACAAGAACCAUGCGACAACCCACCUCAACCAGAAGAACCAUGUGACAACCCACCUAUUCCAAACAUCCCAACAGAUUGGAUUCCAAAUAUUCCAACAGAUUGGAUUCCAAAUAUCCCAAAUGAACCAACAAAUCCACCUACUACUCCAAACAUUCCAGCUACAACAACUACUUCAGAAUCAUCAUCUGUUCCCUCUACUACUCCAAAAACUUCUGCUUCAACUACUCCUGAAUCUUCUGUUUCAGCUACCUCUCCAUACACUUCUGUUCCAACAACUAUUCCAAAAUCAUCUACUCCAGCUACUGGCCCAGAAACUUCUGUCCCAGGCUCAUCUAUUUUAGCUACCACUUCAGAAUCAUCAUCUGUUCGAGCUACCACACCAAAUACAUCUGUUCCAACCACUGCAUCUGAGUCUUCCACUUUGGAAACCAAAACAUCAAUUACUCCAUUAACUACCUCUACUGAACAUGAUACAACUGUUAUUACCGUUACUUCAUGCUCCAACAGUGCAUGUGCAGAAAGUGAAGUCACUACUGGUGUUGUUGUCGUCACAUCUGAAGAUACUAUUUACACUACUUACUGUCCUUUAACUGAAACUACUCCAGGUACUGAAUCCACUCCAGAAGCUUCCACUCCAAUCAUGGAAACAAUUCCAGCUGAUUCCGAACCAUCAGUUCCUGCCAGUGAAACCUCAGCAGUUGUUCCAGAAUUAUCAGUCCCAACUACAGAAUCGGCUCCAGGUACAAAAAUGACUCCAGGUGGUUUAGAACCAUCCGCUCCAGUCUCUGAAAUGACCCCAGCUGGUAUUAAAACUAACCAAGCUGUUCCAGAAUCUUCAAUUCCAGCUGGUUCAAGUGUUGCAAUUACUACUCCGGUAAAUAGUACUAUCGUCUCUACGACUGAAGGUGCUAUUCCAACCACAUUAGAAUCUGUCCCAAUCAUGCAACCAUCUGCCAAUUAUUCAUCUAGUGUUGCCCCUGUUUCUACGUUUGAAGGUGUUGGUAACAACAUUAGAUUGACUUAUGGUGCGGCCAUUGUUGGUCUUGCUGCAUUAUUGAUCUAA